GCUGUGUUGCUUCUUUGCGCGAUGUGUAUCUAUGGGAAUAUGGUGUUUCCGUGUUUGAUCGAUAUGGGUUUGUUUAGGUGCCUCGUGUUUUGGCAGCUUCGUUUUUUGACGUGGCAGUUGCUUUACGCAACUCGUGAUGAUUGGAAAAAUUCACCUUUUUUCCCGUUCUAUAGUAAGAGAAGAUAAGUAGUGCCGACAAGUCCUUUUCGUAGAUGGAGAUUAUGUUAGGAUACCGGUGGUUGUGGUGGGCUAGAUACGGCUUCCUAUGCCAACUUUGCGAACUCAUCAGAAAUGUGUAGAUUUCUGAAUUUUCAGCUCUUUGAUACUGUACAUGCCUAUUUGGUAAACGGAGCUCGUAUGGGGCAGUGCAGUCUGCACCUUUGCUGCUUGAUUCUUUGCUCCUUGUAUUUCACACCAUAAUUCCGAGAUUCUUUAGUGUUUUUGUUAGUUUAGCAGAGUUAUCACAGUGGGGGAUGGGAUGACAAGGGCAAAAAGAACUCUAGGAUAGCACUUAAUCGGCCGGAUGUGUGUGUUUGAUGUGAACUUGUCUAGGCAUUCAUUUUUACAAAUUUUUACAUUUUUCCUCAAUUUUCCAAGAAUGCUUUCCAUCAGUACUUGCAUCCCACAUCCAAAAUUGAAUUGUUACCACCACUAUGUCAUUUAUAUGGUGUAUUUUCUGAUGUUUAGCUUUUUUCUUUCGAAAAGGAGGGAGUCCUCCGGCCUCUGCAUCUAUCGAUGCACACAGCCAUUAAUUAUUAAGUUUCGACAUCAAUUGUUUAGCUAAGUAGAUUAUCAAUUGUUUAUCGUCGCUUUCCUUAAUUUGAUGGCUAGAGAGUUAUCUACUUAUCUCCAAUUGGUUCAUCUCCAUUGCUAUAUACUCCGUAGAAGAUAUGGACUUGUAACAACAUUACGGAGCUGAUAUUUCAAGUGUCGAUGGAGCAACAAAGGCAACUAUCUCAAAGUCCUGAGGAUGUUAUCGCUGAAUACUAUCAACAACAAGUGGAAAUGCUAGAGGGUUUCAAUGAAAUGGAUGCGCUUACAGAUCAUGGUUUUCUUCCAGGAAUGUCCAAGGAAGAGCGUGAAAAGGUUGCGAGGAGUGAAACACUAGCCAUCCGUUUGUCUAACAUUGCAAACAUGGUUCUUUUUGCGGCAAAAGUGUAUGCUUCAGUAAGGAGUGGCUCACUUGCUAUUAUAGCUUCCACUUUGGAUUCUCUUCUUGACUUGUUGUCAGGGUUUAUCUUAUGGUUUACCGCCUUUUCAAUGCAAACACCAAAUCCCUACAGAUACCCAAUUGGUAAAAAGCGCAUGCAGCCACUGGGAAUACUUGUCUUUGCCUCAGUAAUGGCAACACUUGGCCUUCAGAUCAUCUUAGAAUCGACUCGCUCGCUGGUGUCUGAUGCAAACGAAUUUAGCUUGACAAAGGAGCAGGAAAGGUGGGUUGUAGACAUCAUGCUCUCAGUGACACUGGUGAAACUUGCCCUGGCUUUAUAUUGCCGCUCAUUCACCAAUGAAAUCGUCAAGGCUUAUGCACAGGAUCACAUUUUUGAUGUUAUAACAAAUGUAAUUGGUCUUGUUGCUGCACUCCUUGCCAACUACUUUGAAGGAUGGAUCGACCCAGUUGGUGCAAUUGUUCUAGCAAUCUACACAAUCAGGACAUGGUCGAUGACAGUGCUAGAAAAUGUUCACUCCCUGGUGGGGCAAUCUGCUUCGCCGGAGUACCUUCAGAAGCUAACCUACCUAUGCUGGAACCACCACAAGGCUGUGAGGCACAUCGACACCGUGCGCGCAUACACGUUCGGCUCCCACUACUUCGUGGAGGUUGACAUCGUGCUGCCUUCAGGCAUGCCACUGCAGGAGGCCCAUGACAUAGGCGAGGCCUUGCAGGAGAAGCUGGAGCGCCUGCCUGAGAUCGAGCGCGCCUUCGUCCACCUCGACUACGAGUUCACCCAUCGGCCGGAGCACGCUCUGUCCCAUGACAAAUAG